ACCUUAUCCCUCCCUCCCCCGCCUUAUAUCCUCAGCUUCCAACGGCUCACUGGUAGCCAGUGGACGCCCAAACCAAGAACGGAGCUCUGCAUCAAUGGCGGCAGAAAUGGCCCUCCUGAAGCCCAUCUCCAAGUUCUCAGCCUCCUCUAGGCUGAACCGCAUGUGGGCUUCUUCGCCCUCCCGCAGGUUCAAUGUAGUGAGGAUGAUGUCGGCCACGGCGCAGCCUGCCGCCCCGCAGAGGCCGAGCAAGAAAGGCAACAAGAAGGAGAUCAAGGAGACCCUGCUCGCGCCGAGGUUCUACACGACGGACUUCGACGAGAUGGAGAUGCUGUUCAACGCCGAGAUCAACAAGAACCUCAACCAGGACGAGUUCGUGGCCCUGCUGCAGGAAUUCAAGACUGAUUACAACCAGACCCACUUCGUCCGGAACAAGGAGUUCAAGGAGGCCGCCGACAAGAUGCAGGGCCCCCUUCGCGGCAUCUUCGUCGAGUUCCUUGAGCGGUCCUGCACCGCCGAGUUCUCCGGGUUCCUCCUCUAUAAGGAGCUCGGAAGGAGGCUUAAGAAAACCAACCCAGUGGUGGCUGAGAUAUUCUCGCUCAUGUCUCGGGACGAAGCAAGGCAUGCUGGGUUCUUGAACAAGGGGUUAUCGGAUUUCAACCUGGCGCUGGACUUGGGGUUCCUCACCAAGGCGAGGAAGUACACCUUCUUCAAGCCUAAGUUCAUCUUCUAUGCAACCUAUCUGUCGGAGAAGAUCGGGUACUGGAGGUACAUUACGAUCUACAGGCACCUCAAGGAGAACCCCGAGUACCAGCUUUACCCCAUCUUCAAAUACUUUGAGAACUGGUGCCAGGAUGAGAACCGCCAUGGGGACUUCUUCUCCGCCCUUCUCAAGGCCCAGCCCCAGUUCCUCAAUGAUUGGAAGGCCAAGCUCUGGUCCCGCUUCUUCUGCCUCUCGGUUUACGUGACGAUGUACCUCAACGAUUGUCAGAGGACAGCUUUCUAUGAAGGCAUUGGGCUUGACACUAAGGAAUUCGACAUGCAUGUGAUUAUUGAGACAAACCGCACUACAGCAAGGAUCUUCCCUGCAGUGCUCGACGUUGAGAACCCUGAAUUCAAGAGGAAGUUAGAUCGAAUGGUAGAGAUUAACGAGAAGCUGAUGGCGGUUGGUAAAACUGAGGACAUUCCCCUGGUGAAGAACCUGAAGAGGGUCCCGCUUAUCGCUGCUUUGGUUUCAGAACUCAUUGCUGCAUAUUUGAUGCCGCCUGUGGAGUCUGGUUCCGUCGAUUUUGCGGAAUUUGAACCCCAGCUUGUGUACUAAUUUGGCCUCUUUAUGGAGAAUCUGGCGAUUCCAUGGUUGAGUUUAGAGUUCUGGAGCGAAGAAUGCUCAUGAUAAAAGAUUUGUAAAAUUGGGUCAUCAAAUUCGUAGGGAGAGAGUUUGUACUUAUUGUGAUACUAGAGCAUCUUCUUUCGAGUAAAUCGACUUUCCUUCCUUUACAGAUA